GUUCCUCGUGUCGUGCAGUUCAGGGACUGAUGGAGAAGCACUGAGCGGAGAACAGACCGCUCGGCUUUGCGGUCGUGUGACUAUUGAAACGUGGUCGCGUGCUGCGUUCAAAAGCGCGUUGGGGUUUUAAAUAAAGGGUCAGAAAGUUUUGAACGAAUGAUCCAGGAUGCGUUCGUUAUUUCCCAGACUUCUGGUUUGUUUUCACGGAUACAUGUCAGCCUUUGCACUGGAAACCAGGAGCAUUGGUGCUGAGUUCUACUUUGAAUAUAUACCAGACCCGCUGCAGUGGAGCGCUGCAAGGAAUCUGUGUGAUGAGCACUCUGGCUCCUUAGCCACCGUCUCCAGCCCAGUAGAGAAAGAAGAGCUAAGCAUCUUUUUGAGAUCUUUGAGCGUCUCUCAGCCUGUGUGGAUUGCCACAGUCAUGACACAUACAAGUGCCUCUGAGACUCUGGUUCUCGAGUUCACCGGGCGCUCGAACAGGAAGAAUGCCCGUCUCCUGCACAAGUUCCAUUCCAUGGACUCAGUGACUAUUUGCACCCGUCUCCGUUUUGAUCGCAACAUCUUUGGAUUUGCUACUAUUUUCUCUUAUUCUGUCCAGUCGUAUAUCAAUGAAUUUCAGCUGCGGGCAAAUCUGAUCCCGGGCAAGCCCGUGCAGCUGGCCCUGCUGGUCCAUGGAACUCAUGGGCCCUACCAAGAAACGUUCCACCACGAUGACUCCUGGCACUCGGUGUGCGUUUCUUGGAGCCAAAAUGGUGGACGCUGGGAACUGUUUACAGAUGGCCUUUUAGUUUCUAGAGGCGAUGACUUGAGCAAUUCUGACAGCAUUGGUCCUGAUGGCCUGUUCAUUAUCGGGCAGGAGCAGGACACUUUUGGGGGCUCAUUUAAGAAGGAUGAGUCUUUCUCGGGGAGCGUCGCAGAGCUGCACAUUUGGGAUCGGGUGCUGAACAGCAGUGAAAUUGACAUCAUGGAAAAGAAGUGCUCACCCAUUUCUUCUGGGCUGGUGUUCAAGUGGAGUGAAGCAGCCCUGGAAAUAGAGACCUCCAUUACAAAACUGUGGCGGGACAAGCCAUGUCAAGGGAACUUCACUGUGUUUGAAGCUUUCUUGUGGAAGUCCCUGGUGGACAGUAAUUCUUUGCACAACGGAACCAUUUCCUUGGAGGUGGUCCACAGCUCUCGCUCCAGAGAGGACUGUGGCAUCUUUGACCCUGUCAGCAGGAAGCUGGAUCUGGACAAAUGUGACUCUCUGAGAGGGUCUGUCUGCCAGUUGAAAGGUCUACCACAUGGACUCAAUUUACCAAAGACAACGUUCUUCACUAGACUCAGCGAGGAUCCCCAGGCUAAACUGGUCGUGGAGCAGAUGAACGUUAAUAAAUUCUGGGAAGUCCUGACUAUGCUUCACCCCGAGAUUCUUUUGCGUAUCUCUCCCAGUGAUGUGCUGUACCUCUCCCAGAAGAUUGAAAUGGACCUGAGUCCACUGGGUGGCACUCACUUUGUAAAAGGCGAUGCAACAGAGGUCAUGUUGUCUAUUGCCACCAACUACGUGAAAAUGUCAAGUUUGUUGCUGGAACCCCACGUGGCUGCACAUUGGAUGGGCAGCACUGAAGAUGGGGUCAGUGUGGGGCCAUUUACUGUCAUUAGGAGCAUCGAUCGUCUCUCUGAAGCUCUUGCAGAUGUGCUUUUUGCUGAGCAAAGAGGAUUCACUCUUUCUACCAAGAACAUAGAUGUGUUCCUAAAAUGGCAGAAUCUAUCUGAAGAGAUCUGUAGUCAGGUAUUCAAGACAUCUGACUCUGGUAGUGGUCAGGAUGAGCUACUGAUCCCAGACACUGAGCUUCAGAGAAUAACUACGCUAGGAUAUGACGAAGUGAUGUUUGUUCAUACCCAUUACAGCCAUUUGAAUGAGCUCCUGUCUGUAUCACGAGAGCCACAGACUCAACAGGACAUAACAAAAAGAACCCCUCCACGUCACCUUGCUUCUGGUGUCAUAUCAGCUGCCGUCCGCGUUGCCUCCAAGGCCCAAAGUGUCCCUGUGGCUGUACAGUACACCCUUUCCUCAUCAAACUUGGUGGAGUAUUCACAUCGAGCUUCUCCACUUUGUGCAUUUUGGAAUUUCAGCCUCAUGCAUAACAAUACCAGCGGCUGGUCCAGUGAUGGCUGCAGUGUGAUCUUUGCCAGCUCUCGUGCCACUUCCUGCAGGUGUAAUCACACUACCAACUUUGCAGUACUUAUGAAUUAUCUGGAUCCACAGUGGAGUCCUGAGGAAGAGCUUAUUCUGACCAAGCUGACGUUCAUCGGCUCUGGCGCUUCUCUGUGUGCACUGGUGGUGACCUUGAUGCUGUUCACUGUGCUGGAUAUUCCCAAAUCUGACAGGACGUCCAUUCAUAAGAACCUGUUCAUUUCUUUGAUAUGUGCCCAGGUCAUUCUGCUUUGCAGUGGCUCAGCUAUUCACAACAAGGUGGCGUGUACACUUGUGGCAGCGCUGCUUCAUCUCUUCUUCAUGGCGGCAUUUAGCUGGAUGCUGGUGGAGGGUCUUCUGCUGUGGAGCAAAGUGGUUGCUGUAAACCUGAGCGAGGAGCGACACAUGAAGUAUUACUAUCUCAUCGGAUGGGGUCUGCCAGUGCUGAUAGUCACUAUCACCCUGGCAUCGGCCUCAGGCAAAUACUCAGCCGACGGCUAUUGUUGGCUCAGUGUGCAGAACGGUGUUAUCUGGGGCUUCGCUGGGCCCGUCAUCUUCAUCAUCAUGGUUAAUAUCCUGGUAAUGACCAGGGUAUUGAUGAUCACAAUCUCCACAGCCAAGAGAAGGUCCAUCAUGUUGGCCAUGGGUGCCAGUCCCGUAGAGCAAGCCUAUGAACAAAUAAGGGCUGCAGUGAAAGCAGUGCUGGUGUUGCUGCCCAUCCUUGGAUUGACAUGGCUGUUUGGCGUCCUGGUGCCUUUCUCCAUUGUCAUGGCCUACAUCUUCAUCCUGCUCAACUCUCUGCAGGUCAACAUUAGUGUUGUCAUUUGUGGCUUAUCAGCACUGGUUUUAUGCAUCUGCCGUUGGAAUUCACUGAGGAAGAAAUGCUUUUAAUAAACAUUCUGUAAAGUUUAUGAUUAGUAGAAUAUCUGUGGCCUGCAGUAUCAGUAUUGGCAGAACUUGAGCAAAACAAGACAAAGUUAAUAUAAAUGAUUACUUGUACAGUAACUAAUGUAUUAUAAGUGUAUUUGUGCCUGUGCUAUUUUACAAAAAAAUGUCAAUACAUUUCUUAAACAAGUAAAAUAACACAAACUAUUUAUUUAUGUUUUGUUGCGCUGUUGGUGUCGCUGUGCAUUGAUGGGGUUUCUGGAGAAGCUGCAGGUGGCCUGUGCUAAUAACCAGCUGCUCUGGCAUCAUAGAUGCACACAGUGUGUCUUUAAAAAGCCAGAACAUUUUAGGAGUCGACAGGAGUCCAACCAGGCUCCAAGCUGCUCUAGUGACACACUCAGUGUAAUGACCCCACGACGUCUUGUAGAUAAACGCUAAAAGAUCUGGAGCAGGAAAUAAAUCUGGAAUAUGGUAAUUAUCUAUUUUAAAGCAUGACUUUAGGAAAGCGGGUGUCUGAUUAGUGAUUGUUAUCACUGUGGCACUACGGAGUGGUUUUCUAUGUUGUUAACACACUAAAUGGAAAAAACAUUUUCUUAUUAAACACCAGAAUUGCUGGGUACGCGGUAGCCGCAUCUUCCCACAGGAUAAUUUAGGAACGUGAAUGCCAUAUGGUGCUUAUGUGAACAUUUUCACUACUCAGAAUAAAGCACAGUAACGUUCUAGAGCAUGUGAACAUUACAAACUGCUGUCGUGUGAUAUCUAAUAAGCUUUUUAAACACAGUCCAUCCCUCUAACUGGACUUCUUUAAUUGCAUUCCAGCCCCUGUGUUGUUUUACUGCAUCAGUUUGUCUGAACUUAUCCUUAGGCUUGUUGGAACAUUUUGGAUCCAUUUUUUCUCUCAUUUAAUGAUCCUCUUAAUACGUUAAUUAGACCUUGCAUUAGACUAGAUCACUGUUGUUCUAUAGAACACAGUCUCGCCUUGUUCAAUGCCAUCGAUCCCUCUGGGAGGGGGAGAGCAGAUGAACAUAGUUCUUCCAUCGUGGCAACUCAUAAAGAUGAUGAAAUGUCUUAACAGCAUUGCAUGCAAAAACCUGAGCCGCCCGACAGCAGAUAAAAAAAGGAAAAAACCCUCAAGUUUUUUAGGAAAUCGUUUUUUAUUUGCAGCUGUUGUAUUUUCAAUGGGGCCAGCCAAAGCAACAUAAAGCUUAAGCGGCAAGCCUUUACUGUUAAAUCAAUAAAACAGAUAAUGUUGACAAGCCUUUUUCAUUGCCCCCCGCUCCUCCGCUGCCUCCCGCAUCCCAGCAACACUGUGUGAAGUGUUGCUUCUUUCAAUAGAGACCUGAGCAGGCCAAACGAACAAGCACAUGACGUAUUUCUCUCUGUUACUCUUCACGGCUGAAUCGGAUGCUCACCCUCAUGUUUCACUGAGUGUUGUAACCUUAUAAACAAAACUAAUUUUUCUCAACAACAUCCAGACAUUUCUUCAAUAAGUAUACACUUUGGCAAAGUUGCAUCAGACAGUGCAGCUGAAAUGCAAACAGUCUGAAGUGGAUAUUCUAACUCUGAACUCUUAGGCAGUAGUUUUUAUGCACAUCUUCACCAUAAAUACCGGCAUGCCUCAUCUGCUUCCUUAUCAAGCUAGAGAUAAAUAGCAUGGGCUGCUGUACUGUAUGUGUGUGUGUGAGAGAGAGAGACAGAGCAAGAGAUGUGAGAAGAGGGUUUGGGCAGCCCAUAAAUCGCUCCACCCUCAGUCAUCCAAUUUCUGGGCAAUGUCAUUCAAACCCCACACUAUCCAUUACCUGGGUAUAAUAGACUCCUUGCCAUGCAGUGUCCAUCUUAUUAUUAGCACAUAACUUUAAACUAUCAAUAACUUUGUGCUGCAGAGGGAGGCAGUAGGCGGAAGAGAAUGGAGGAGAGGGAGAAAACGAAGUAAAGACAUGAAGGAAGUUAGGGAGUGGGAAAGAAAAUGUUAGGUUAAGGAUUGUCCUCUGCAAGUUGUGCGUAUGAGUCAGCUGUCAACAAAGUAAGCUUUAAUUCAUGUUAUGCCAUUUUAUUGCCUGUGGAGGGCAACCCUGUGUUAGUACAUUGUGGAAUUACAAAGAAAUCAAUGGGAGGAUUGAUCUGAGCCAUUCCAUUCAUAUUGCAUUAAAGUCUAUUAUACAGCAGGAAGUGAUGACAAUAGUGUUUUAGCUUUUCUUACAAAAUCAGUCAGUGUCAGUCAGUAAUGAGUUUUUGCAACCAGUUGAGUUGUAAAAUAAAAAGCUAAAAUUUUCAUUCCACUCAAGGUGAAAUCUGAAUUGUAGGAGAACCAUUGUCUAUUAAGUUUUAAUUUAGCAGUUCAUAAUUGUAAAAGUAAAGGGAACGUGGUUCUGAUCUGACUCCGCUUUUUGAUGUUCAAGCUUGAAGUGGGAAUGGAUUUUAAUCACAAUAAUGCAGAGAAGUGGUGUUUUACACCUUAGGCAUGUUUUAACACCUCUAAAAGCAACCGUGAUUCCCUUGGCUUCUGUAACACACACACACACACACACACACACACACACACACACACACACACACACACACACACACACACACACACACACACACACACACACACACACACACACACACACACAGCUAGCAGAGCAUGACAUCUGAGUGUUUCCAAGAUAUGAUCAAUAGCGUGUUUUUGCGCUUAUUGAUUUUUGCCAUAUGGGAGAUUUGUUGUGAGUAAGCAAUGUUUUCAUAGCAUUUGAAGUUAUUGUUUAAAAUACUUAAUCUAGAAUCAAAACUUGCCAGUUUAGCUUAAUGCGUGUGGCAUCGUCCCACUACUUAUAGUUAAUCAGCUUUCCACCAAAUGAUAUAAAUCUAGCUUUACCACCAUAUAUAUACCAGGAACUGGAAAAUAAAUAAAAAAAUUAAAUUAGUCUUGUUUUGGAAAAAAAAAAACAAAACUAAAAAACUAUCAC